UUAAUUCGAUAUUACUGUUAUUGAAUUUAAAACAAAUAAAAGACCCGGUUUACUUUUCAAACCAAAUUUACAAAAUGUGGUAUGUGGUUGAGAACAGAACCACUUUGACUGUCUGUGCUCAUUUCACCGGAACAUGGCAAAGCUUUAAUGAGUCAUGAUGGGUCCUCGACGACUAUAAAGAAACACGCUUCUGAAAUUUGUCCCCUUCUAUUUUGUAUUUCUUCAAUUUCUUCGAAAUUUCUCUUCUCUUUACGCGUUUUUUUGCUUCACUACAUAAACCAAAGGAGCUUGCUUUUCCAAUCAUACUUUCUCCAAUACCAUUCUAAAAAUACUUUCUUCUACUUCAAGCAUAUGUGAUCUUUCAUGGCUUCUUCUUCUUCUUUGUCUUGCAUCAAGAGACACCAAGUCUUUUCGAGCUUCCAUGGUCCAGAUGUCCGUAGAGGGUUUCUCAGUCAUUUACACAAUCACUUUGCAAGCAAAGGUAUCACGACUUUCAAUGAUGAGAAGAUCGAUAGAGGCCAGACGAUCGGACCUGAGCUCGUACAAGCUAUUAGAGAAUCUAGAGUCUCGGUUGUGUUGCUCUCGAAGAAGUACGCUUCUUCAAGCUGGUGUUUAGAUGAGCUGCUUGAAAUCUUGAAAUGUAACGAAGCUCAAGGGCAGAUUGUGAUGACCAUUUUUUACGACGUUGAUCCGUCUGAUGUUAAAAAACAGAGGGGAGAGUUCGGGAAAGCUUUCGAGAAGACUUGUGAAGGGAAAACUGAGGAGGUGAAGCAGAGAUGGAUCGAAGCUUUGGCACAUGUCGCAACCAUAGCUGGAGAACACUCUCUUAACUGGGCUAAUGAAGCAGAGAUGAUCCAAAAGAUUGCUACAGAUGUUUUAAACAAACUUAAUCUUACACCAUCAAGGGAUUUUGACGGGAUGGUGGGACUUGAAGCUCACUUGGCAAAAUUGAAAUCUAUGUUAUGCUUGGAAAGUGAUGAAGUCAAGAUGAUUGGGAUUUGGGGUCCUGCAGGGAUUGGUAAGUCCACCAUUGCUAGAGCUUUAGACAACCAACUCUCUAGCAGUUUUCAACUUAAAUGUUUUAUGGGGAACCUCAAGGGAAGUCUUAAGAGCAUAGUGGGUGUUGAUGAGCAUGAUUCCAAGUUGUGGUUGCAAAACCAACUUAUGUCUAAGAUUUUGAACCAAGAGAAUAUGAAGAUACAUCAUUUAGGUGCAAUCAAAGAAAGGCUACACGAUCAAAGAGUGCUCAUCAUUCUUGAUGAUGUAGAUGAUCUAAAGAUAUUAGAGGUUUUGGCUGAAGAACUUUCUUGGUUUGGUUUUGGAAGCCGGAUCAUCGUUACCACAGAAGAUAAGAAGAUUUUGAAGGCACAUGGGAUCAACGAUAUCUACCAUGUGAAUUUUCCAUCCAAGGAAGACGCUCUUGAGAUCUUAUGUCUCUCUGCUUUCAAACAAAGCUCUGUACCAGAUGGCUUUGAAGAGGUUGCCAAAAAAGUAGCAAACCUUUGCGGCAAGCUUCCAUUAGGCCUUUGUGUUGUGGGUAAAUCUUUGCGUGGGCAGAGGAAGCACGUGUGGGAACUUCAAUUAUCUAGGAUCGAAGCUAGUCUUGAUAGAAAAAUUGAAGACAUUUUAAGAAUCGGAUUCGACAGAUUGUCGAAGAAAAAUCAAUCUCUAUUCCUUCACAUUGCAUGCUUCUUCAACAAUGAAGUCGCUGAUGAUGUGACAACCCUGCUUUCUGAUAGUAACUUGGAUGUUGGAAAUGGGUUAGAGACCCUAGCUGAUAAAUCUCUCGUGCGUAAAUCUACGUCUGGCCAUAUAGUGAUGCACCAUCUACUACAACAGUUGGGUAGACAGAUAGUUCAUGAACAGUCUGACGAGCCCGGGAAACGUCAAUUUUUAUUUGAGGCCGAUGAGAUUUGUGAUGUACUGUCAACCGAAACAGGUACUGGAUCAGUCAUAGGUAUAUCAUUUGAUACAUCCAAUAUCGGAGAGGUUUCUGUAGGUAAAGGGGCUUUUGAAGGAAUGCGUAAUCUCCGAUUCCUAAGAAUCUAUAGGAGUUUGCAAAUACCAGAGGAUAUGCAGUAUUUACCUCGUCUAAGGUUACUAGAUUGGUAUAAUUACUCAAGAAAAAGUCUGCCUUUAAGAUUUCAGCCGGAACGCCUCGUGAAACUCCAUAUGCCAUUUAGCAAUCUCGAGAAGCUCUGGGGAGGAAUCCAGUCCCUUCCUAAUCUCAAGAUCAUAGAUCUGAUGUGUUCCCGUCAAUUGAAAGAAAUCCCAAAUCUUUCAAAAUCUACUAAUCUCGAGAAAUUGACACUUAAGGGCUGCAAUCGUUUGGUGGAGCUUCCAUCUUCUAUUAAGAAUCUACAAAAACUAAAGAUUCUAGAUGUUGGUUUUUGCUGUAUGCUACAAGUUAUUCCCAGCAACAUCAACUUAGCAUCUCUUAAGAUACUCACCAUGAAUGGUUGCUCACGGUUGAGAACUUUUCCAGAAAUCUCCAGUAACAUCAAGGUUCUCAAUCUCGGAGAUACAGAUAUAGAAGAUGUCCCUCCAUCAGUUGCUGGAUGUUUGUCUCGUCUUGAUCGCCUCAACAUUUGCAGCAGCAGCCUCAAGAGAUUGACACAUGUACCACUCUUUAUAACUGACCUAAUUCUUAAUGGCAGUGAUAUAGAGACGAUUCCAGAUUGCGUCAUAUGUCUCACUCGUCUAGAAUGGCUUUCUGUCAAAAGGUGCACAAAACUCGAGUCAAUUCCGGGUCUUCCCCCCUCCCUCCGUGACCUAAGAGCAGACGAUUGUGUAUCACUCGAGAGAGUAUGCUUCUCUUUCCAUAACCCAACCGAGAGACUCAGUUUCAGAAACUGUUUUAAACUGGAUAAAGAAUCGAGAAGAGGAAUCAUACAAAAAUCAAUUUACGAUUGUGUAUGCUUACCAGGUAAAAAAAUCCCUGCAGAGUUCACUCACAAAGCAACAGGGAGAUCCAUAACCAUCCCUCUGGCUCCGGGUACUCUCUCUGCUUCCUCAAGGUUUAAGGCUUGCCUUCUCAUUUCCCCAGUUAAAGACUACGGAUAUAAACGUAUAAGCUGUAGUAUAAGAAGCAAAGGAGGUGUUACAGUUCAUAGAUGCGAGUGUCCACAUCUGUCUUUGUCUUUUCGGUCAGAACAUCUGUUUAUAUUUCAUGAUGAUUUGUUUCCCCAAGGAAACAAAUGCCAUGAAGCCGAUGUGACCAUGAGCGAGAUUAUAUUUGAGUUCAGCUGCGAUUUCGGCGAUGACAAGAUUAUUGAGUGUGGUGUACAGAUCAUGAGAGAGGAAGUUGAGGGUAGCAACAUCAGGGAAUUGGACAGCCAUGAAACUGAGAGUAGUAGCAGCGAAGUGGACAGCCAUGAAACUGAGAGUGGCAGCAACUGUUUGAAACUGGAUAAAGAAUCAAGAAGAGGAAUCAUACAAAAAUCAAUUUACGAUUAUGUAUGCUUACCAGGUAAAAAAAUCCCUGCAGAGUUCACUCACAAAGCUACAGGGAGAUCCAUAACCAUCCCUCUGGCUCCGGGUACUCUCUCUGCUUCCUCAAGGUUUAAGGCUUGCCUUCUCAUUUCCCCAGUUAAAGACUACGGAUAUGAACGUAUAAGCUGUAGUAUAAGAAGCAAAGGAGGUGUUACAGUUCAUAGCUGCGAGCUUCCAUUUUAUGUUUUGAGUUUUCGGUCAAAACAUCUGUUUAUAGUUCAUGGUGACUUGUUUCGCCAACGAAACAAUUGCUAUGAAGUGGAUGUGACUAUGAGCGAGAUUACAUUUGAGUUCAACCACAAGUACAUCGGUGACAAGAUUAUAGAGUGUGGUGUACAGAUCAUGACAGAGGAAGCUGAGGAUAGCAGCAGCAGGAAAUUGGACAACUAUGAAACUGAGAGUAGCAGCAGCGAAGUGGACAGCCAUGAAACUGAGAGUAGCAGCAGCGAAGUGGACAGCCAUGAAACUGAGAGUAGCAGCAGCGAAGUGGACAGCCAUGAAACUGAGAGUAGCAGCAGCGAAGUGGACAGCCAUGAAACUGAGAGUAGCAGCAGCGAAGAUGGAAAUGGAGAUGAAAACAUCAAAACCAGUAAACAAACAGGUUUUAGGAGUUGGCUUCGGAAGUUUUUUUGUCUAGAAGAGAAGAAGAUGAAUACGACGGAGGGAAUUCUCAUGGAGUCUCAUGAGACCAAGCCAGUUUUUUGUACUUUGCUUCACCAUCUUCGUAAGGUAGGAGAUAGGGAAUUUCGACAAGACACUGAUUCUCCAGAGAUCAAAACUAAGUCCACACAAGGAGACCAUACAGUUCCAGGUUGUUGGAGCAGUGCCUUGUGUUGUGAGCAUAAAAAGGCAAAACCCUUGAAAGAAGGUUGAUAGCAUUAGAGAAAACAGAAGCAUUGCAGCUCACACCGUCCAUCCAUCGAGAAGUAACCCAUGAACUGAUGAUACUUUCAGUAUUUUUUUCCGGAUUGAUUGAUCGUAGAAUCAUAAUCCUGUUUCCAUUGGCCUUAAUUAGCUGUUUAAGUACUAAGAAAAGUCUUGUUACCUUUUGAUCUAGUUAAUUAGCUGUUUAAGUAGUAAGAAAAGUUUUGUGAUCUUGUGAAUUACUUGAGAAUCAUAUUAAUGUU